AUGUCCUUAGUCCAAUCCCGGUACAGUGUAAAUGCACCCCAAACAGACCUUCUAUCCUACUUGUUUCGCUCGCCUUAUACAAAUGAAGGAGCCUGGCCGUCAUCGGAGCCUCUUCUGGAAUCAGCAAUGAAAUGCGAUCGUUCAGGAUACACAAUUGACCUGAUCAGGAAUAUCCUUCGAGCGCAAGGCAAGCAAGUCAUAGUCUACAGUGAAGCGAACCUUAACUUCCUCCUGGCUAUUCUUGGUGUUAUCUCUGCUGGAGCAACAUGCAAUGGUCUCGCUCUUGUCUCUGUGGAAGAAUUGAUUUCCCGGCUGCGGCAACUUGACUGUGACAUUAUCCUUUUCGCACCCCAGGAUCGAAAGCUUGUCUGCGUUGCAGCAGCAAGGUUGAGUAUUCCUAGCGAGCGUCUUUUUAUGGUUGACGAGUCUUUCGGUGGCGUGAAUACUGAAGGUUCGGACGACGGUGCUUUCAGACACUGGAGCCAUCUCUUAAAUACGCCUGGCGGUGACGAUUAUGAGUGGCCUAGACUCUCACCUGCGGAGGCAAGGACAACGACUGCUAUCCUGCUCUACACUUCCGGGACAACAGGAUCUUCGAAACUCGCAGAACGCACUCACUAUGGCCUUAUUGGAAAUAUUGAGCAGACUCUACAGCACUAUAACCUUCAGAAGAGAAGCAGAGAGACCAUAUUCAUUAUCUGCGGUGCGGCUCGAUAUAAGACAAUAUUUCCUACGAAAUUCGAGUCUGGAACCUUCAUGCAAACAAUUGAACGAGUCAAACCUACCUGGCUGAUGCUCCCUAAGCACCUGGUACGCAAGCUUCUGGCAAAAUUCGACAAGCCCAGCUUCCCGAGUGUACAACAUGUCCUCACCGGCGGCGCGAUCAUCCCCUACGAGAUGAUCGACCAGUGGCAGCGACUAGAUGGAUCUCAAAUGCAGAGUACAUAUGGAAUGACCGAGGCAGGUUUCUAUACAUUGCCCGAUCCAACUCAGGUGGUAGGAGAUGCCACAACAGGAAGUUUGCUUCCAAGUCUGGAGGCGAAAAUAAGCCAGAAAGGACAUGUUCAUAUAAGGAGUCCAUUUGCCAUGAAGGGAUAUUUCAAAGAACCUGAGCAAACUGCUCAGACCAUAACAGACGAUGGAUGGAUCAAGACUGGCGACAUUGGCUGGGUUGAUGAGCGCGAUCAAUUUUAUAUUGUUGGUCGCCAAAAGCACCUAUUGAAAAUCAAGGGCGAAAAUGUUUCUGGAGCCGAGAUCGAGCAGGCUAUCUUAAAUCAUCUGGAUAUUACCGAUGUCGCUGUUAUUCCGAUCAUUAGGAAUGAAGAUGAGGAGCCCGUUCCUCGUGGCUAUAUCGUCAAGUCAAAAGACCCAACCUUAACCAGGGACGAAUUGAUACUGGCUCCCAUCGACGAAAUUCCAGUCUCGAAUGUUGGAAAGAGUAAAGUCGACCGUCGGAAACUGGGUGAGCUCGCCGAAAGAGAGCUCUAGGCUCUACACAAUGCAGGACAGGGCAUUGGCAAGCCAAACCAUAGUGCUUGGUUGC